AUGUCGUCUGGGGUUGAAGUUGAGGCUAGUAAAGAUGAUGAUGUGAUUGAGGUAAAUGAAGAGCCCGAGAAUGCAACAGAGAAGGAAGUGGAGAUAACUCAGAAAGUUGUUCUCAUGUCUACACCUCCACCUCCUUUCCCACAGAGGUUAGUGAAGAUGUCUAAAGAAGGAAAAUACAGCAGGUUUAUUAGUAUGUUGAAGAACCUUUCCAUCAAUGUGUCGUUGAUAGAAAUUUUGGAGCAAAUGCCUAGGUAUGCAAAGUUUAUGAAGGAUUUAAAGAAGGAGGAUCCUGGUGCUUUCAGUAUUCGUUGUACUAUUAGGUUGCUACAUUUUGCAAAGGCAUUGUGUGAUUUGGGUGCUAGUAUCAAUUUGAUGCCAUUGUCAAUUUACAAGAAGUUGGGUUUAAGGGAUCCAAAACCAACUGCGAUGCAACUGCUUAUGGCCUAUAGAAAUGUGAAGAAGCCCAUUGGUAUGCUCCAAAAUGUACUAGUGAAAGUGGCGUGUUUUAUCGUUCCGACGAAUUUUGUGCUACUGCAUUGUGAUAUUGAUUUUGAGGUUCCCAUUAUCCUUGGGAGACCAUUCCUAGCCACUAGAUGUGCUUCGGUUGAUGUGGAGAAAGGGUAG